ACAGUCAGUGUGUAUCAGCGAGGUGUGAUUUCCCAUGAUACUUUGUACAUUACUGGUUUUUCUUGUUUCUGAAACCAUUUCCUGGAACUCUAAAUUUAUCGCCUGUAAUGAGUUGCAAACCCAGCCCCUGCCGCAUGAUCUCGUUUUUACAUUAGGAAGGUUUCAUGGACCCAUGUCUAAUUGGUGCAGCUAAUGGAACCUUCUCCAGCUAAGAGAAGCAGGCGUGACUCAUCAGAAGCUCCCACCGAACAUCCCCUGUUUGUGGAUCCCAGUUUUCCCCAUGAUGAAGCUCUCCGAAUUGAUGGUGUGACGUGGAGAAGACCCAAGGAGAUCUGUGCCAGGCCUCAGUUUAUUGUGGGUGGAGCUACCAGAAGGGAUGUCUGCCAGGGGAAUCUGAGUAACUGCUGGUUCCUUUCUGCUCUCUCCUGCCUGUCCCUGUACCCUCAUCUCCUGCAACAAGUGGUACCUGCUGGACAGGACUUUGAGGAUGGGUACAAUGGCAGCUUCAAAUUCCAGUUUUGGCAGUAUGGAAAGUGGAUUGAAGUACUGGUGGAUGAUCUCCUGCCCACAGUUCCACUUGGUGACAAUGGCGACUGUGGAGUAGGUCGAGCUCAAUAUAAACUUCUAUUCAUGCACUCAAAUGAUACAGAUGAGUUCUGGAGCUCUCUUCUGGAGAAAGCAUAUGCCAAGCUGAAGGGGGGAUACUCUGCUCUACAGAUGGGAUUUGCCAGCGAAGCUCUGGUUGAUAUGACUGGUGGAAUAGUACAAAGCAUUAAGACCAGUGGAUCAUCAACAGAAUUAUGGAGUCAUCUUAGUCAUAUGCUCCAGAGAGGAGCCCUGAUCUGCUGUGGGAACACUCAGGGAGAACUUGAGACCUCCAACUUAAUGGGUAUUCUAAGCUAUCACAUGUACUCCGUGACUGGUGCGAAGGAAGUCCAGACAAUCCAGGGGACCGUGUGUCUGCUUCGAAUUCGUAAUCCAUGGGGUCAUAAAGAGUGGCUGGGUCCAUGGAGAGAUGGGGGGCCUGAGUGGCAGUUCGUGGAAAACCUUCAGGAAAUAGAGGUUGUAAUUCUGGAGGACGGCGAGUUUUGGAUGGCUAUAGAAGACUUUCAAAAUAACUUUCAAGUUCUGGAGAUCUGCCACUUGGGGCCCAAUAGCCUGUCCAGAAUUGGGGGAGCAGCACGGCCUUGGGAAUGUGUAACCUAUGAAGGAAAAUGGGUAAAAGGUCUAUCAGCCGGGGGCAGCAUUGCAUCCGUAGAUUCCUUUUGGAUGAAUCCCCAGUUUUCUUUUGUACUGCUGGAGGAAGACAAUAAUUCCAAUCACCCUCAUCCAGCAUGUAACUUUAUUGUAGCCGUGAUGCAGAAACACCAGAGGCUGCGGAGAGCUGGAUCUAUCCGUGUAGCGUGUAACAUAUUCCAGGGGGAUGAGACUCAUGCCUACCUGUUCGAAGAGACCCUUCGCCACUCUCAGCCCUUGCUGUGUUCUGGACCGUGUGAUAAUCACAGAGAGGUGGUCGUGUGUUCCCGUCUUCCCCCAGGACGAUACGUUAUCAUCCCCUCAUUAGAGAAAGCAUCAGACGAGGGUGAAUUUGUGAUCAGAGUCCUGACAGAGAAGAACUGUUCCAGGCCUCCAGGUGGAGCUGUCCCUUAUCGAGAGAUUCUGCCGCUGUCACUGGAGAAGGAUCUGUGCAGCUCUCGGUUCCAGCAGUUUGCGAGCCAGGAUGGCAGACUCACCAAUACUCAGCUUCAAAAGCUUUUAGCCAGUCUGUUCAGUGAGUUUGCACCCACUCUGCCUAGCUUCACCUUGGAUAUGUGCCGCUGCCUUCUUGCUUCCGUGGAUACAGCUGCUGUGGGUUCCAUAGACUAUGAGCAGUUUACUGAACUCUGGAAGGCCAUCUCAACUGGGACGCACAUAUUCUAUAACAUGCCCAGGCAGGAAGAUGGCAAACUUGGCAAAGAUCAGAUAGUACCAGCCCUGCAGGCCGCAGGGCUGCCGCAGGAUAAUUUUUUGGUGCAGCUGUCAUGCGUGAGGUACGCCGACCAGGACAACUCAUUCCGUUACCCCAACUUCAUCUGUUGCCUCCUAAAACUGAAAAGUGUGAUAGGGCUUUUUCAGGCUGCGGACCGCUCGGGCUCGGGCACAGUGACCGUAGACUAUCACCAGUGGCUGCGACUGGCUAUGUACAGCUGACCGCAGAGGAUUCAGACGGCAAGAGACUGCUCAAUCGGCGCUAGCCGGCCACCACGCGGCUGGAGACACUGCCGACCUGUCACCCCACCAUAUAAGAUGAUUCAGGCAGGGCCGGUCUGUAAGAAGAUAAGGAAACGGAGGACCUGCGCGUUUAAAUACCAACAUCAGGCAGAAAGACACCUGGACAUGAGAACACAUGGCGUGCGAUCCCAGAAUGCAUCUGUUUUUUAAAGUGGCGGUCUCCUAUGCUAACGCUAAACAGCCCCUCUGAUUUUGUCUCCUUCCUGAGAUCUAUUGCCUUUUACCGUAUUUUAAAAAAAUGACUACCAAACCUAAAAAUACCUCAUAAACCACAUACCUAUGUGGCCGCCUUGUCCUCACCAGACACAGUCAUUAAACUUUGACUUCUAUUGCA